AUGGCAGUGGGGUCGCUGCCUUUGAGUCUCACGGCUGGCAGCUCGACGUCGAAGACAGAGCUGGAUCCGGUAACAGGUCGGCCGCAACUCAACGUAAGCGUAAACCUGAACAUGAAGAUAGACAUUGCUUCGCUCGUUGACCACCUCCUCGUUUUUGCCAAGGUGCAGGAUGUCCAACACAUCAAGCCCUCGGAAAGUGCCAAAGAGACCAAGGAGAAGCUGUCGGAAGCCGAAGAGCCGACGCCCGGGCGGCCGACGCCGGCGCCAUCUCCCGAGCGGCCCAGGGAGGGCCCAGAGCGGCAGCCGCAGAAGAAGUGGACCUGGGAUGAUCCCAUGUACGCUUUGCAGUCAACCUAUGAAGCGUACGCGAAGAAGCCGGAGGUCAAGUGGCAGAGAAGCGAGUUCGAGGAGAACGAUUUCUUUGCACUUGAGCCGGACUCCGAGCAGAAGAAGGCUUUUCUGGAGAUGGUCUUCGAGCCACUCCCGGUACCCGAGCGAAUAGGGAUCACGCACGCAAACUACAAGGAGGCAGACCUGAAGCGUUUCGGCCCAGGACCGGACACGACCAGCCACGACGUCAUGCCUAGCACUCCGGCCCCAGCAGAAGCAAAAGGGUCCAGGCCGGGCUCCGACGGUGCAGCGCCUCUGAAGGCCCCUGUGACGGUCAGGACAGAUGGUCUGAGAGAAGAGGGCAUGGUCUAUCCGGUAUCGCCCGGGUGCAAAGCGCAAUGA